GGCACAGCGCUGGAGCUGCUGGGCUCCAGGCGACAAGGGGAGUGCCUCCUCCUCCGGCCCUUUGAUGUGGUUUAGGUGGGCUCGGAACACGCCUACCGCAUCCGUCCCUGCAGGCAAGCGAGGCCGGGAACGCCCAGCCGGAGGAUGGCUAGCCACAUACUCCCAGAAACUUCGGCGCUUGCUCGGGGACUGCAGGCAGGAGUCGAGCAGCGGGCUUGGAGGAUCUCCGAGGUGCGUACACGUCGGUGCCCGUGUCCUUUUCCGGAGCAGGGCCCAGCUUUCUCACUGGUUAGACACGCAGAGACUUACCUGCACCUCUUACUGCAGAGGCAGCGUGAGGGAGAUCGGCGUUCGGCUCAGUGUCCCGCACACGGAAACAUCUGUGUGGCUUCUUUGGAGGUGGCUGCCCAUCCCCGGCUAUCUUGCCUGGGUGUUUUUUGGAAGAUAAUUGCUCCGCUGCCUAGAUCAUAAGACUCGGCCACGUGGCCUGGGCUUAAACAAGCAAACAGAACAGCCCCAAGGACCUGGAUCCCAGAACAGCUUUGACACGGGAUCUUUUCCAAUCCCCUCGUGAUCCCAAAGGCGUUAAAAAAGCCAGGGCCCCAGUGACUGGCUGGCAAAAUCACCCCCGGACUGUCAAUUUCUGAGUUGUGCCCAGCUCUGGGGAAUACGGACACGUCCAAGCAUCAGGUGAACUAGAUCAUCCUUGCCAGGUGCCACGAGAUUCAGCUCCUGGAACCCAUGUCUGACCCUCCGGCUGCUCCUGGCCCUCGGGUGGCUGGCGCGAUGGAGCUGGGGGGAGCAGCCACUCUUGUCCUGGCUGCUGGCGCUUUGUGCCUGGCUCUCCUCUGGGAGUGGAAACGGCAGCAGGAAAGCAGCAAAUUUCCCCCCGGACCGACUCCUCUGCCACUUCUGGGCAACGCGCUGCAGCUGAGCGGGGGAGACCUGUUCACCUCACUGAUGGCGCUGCGGGAGAAGUACGGCCCGGUGUUCACGGUGCACCUGGGCCCGCGGCGGGUGGUGGUGCUGUGCGGGCACCAGGCGGUGAAGGAAGCCCUGGUGGACCACGCGGAGGAGUUCAGUGGCAGAGGAGGCAUGCCCACGCUGGACAGGAUCUUCCACGGUUAUGGGGUCAUCUUAGCCAACGGCGAGCGGUGGAAGCAGCUGCGGCAGUUCUCGGUCGCCACCCUGCGGAAUCUGGGGGUGGGGAAAAGGCCCCUCCAAGAGAGGAUCGCGGAGGAAGCGCAGGCUCUGGUGGAGGAGAUCCGGAAAACCAACGGUUCUCCCUUCGACCCCAGCCGCCCCGUCAGCCACGCCGUCGGCAAUGUGAUCUCCUCCAUCGCCUUCGGGGACCGCUUCGACUACCAGGACCAGACCUUCCUGAGCCUACUCGACGUCAUCCAGAGCCUCUUCGUGGAGCUGAGCAGCCGCUGGAUGCAGCUCUACGAGAUGUUUCCAGGCAUCAUGCGCUUCUUACCCGGCCCCCACAACCGCAUUUUUCAGCAUGUCAAGGUGCUGCACGACUUCGUCACCGAGCGGGUGCAGAUGAACCAGAAAACCUUGGAUCCUGGCUGCCCUCGGGAUUACAUUGACGCCUUCCUCAUCAAGAUGGAAGAGGAAAAGCAAAAUCCGCAGAGUGAAUUCCAUACAAAGAACCUGGCACUGAGUGUGGUCCACUUGUUUUUCGGUGGGACGGAGAUGGUGAGCGCCACCUUGAGAUACGGGUUCCUGCUCCUGAUGAAAUACCCAGAGGUACAAGAAAAGGUGCAUCAGGAAAUCGAUGGUGUCAUUGGGCGGCACCGCGGCCCCGCCGCUGAGGACCGAAGCCGGAUGCCCUACACCCACGCCGUGAUACACGAGAUACAGCGCUUCAGCAACAUCAUCCCCUUGGGGAUUCCGCAUGCAGUGAUCCGAGACACCCAGUUCCGGGGGUACACGCUCCCCAAGGGGACAGACGUUUUCUGCGUGCUGGGCUCUGCCCUCCGGGACCCCAGACACUUCAGCGACCCAGAACGCUUCGACCCGGGGAAUUUCUUGGAUGAGAAUGGCGGCUUUAAGAAGAACCAUGCUUUUAUGGCUUUUUCCGCAGGGAAGCGGGUGUGUCUGGGCGAGGGUCUGGCCCGCAUGGAGCUCUUCCUGGUCUUUACCUCCGUCCUGCAGCGCUUCACCUUGCAGUCGCCCGUUGACCCCCAGGACAUUGACCUCACCCCAAAAGCGAGUGGAUUUUGGAACAUACCUCCCGAGUACAGGGUCUGUGCCUUCCCACGCUGAGGAGUCGUCAGCGGACAUGCGGGGGUGGGGGGGUUUAAGGAUUGGGAAACAAACAGGGUACGCGUGUGAUGGCCCCAAGGCUGGACCUGUGUAAAUGAGGAAGCUUUUCCAUGCUACAAUCUCAUUUGUAGGUCUUGACGCUGCACAUUCCUGGACAAGUUACCGCAGACGUUCACUCACGUUUUUUCUUUUUAAUGCCAAGAUAUCCCUGAAGUCGUGUACAGUUCUGGUAUGGAGAGAGCCCUCGGAUGGGGAAUGCUCAUGGUGUUGUGGUUGACGCGCAGGACUCGGGGCAUGAUGCCGGGGUUCUGUUCUCACCUUCGAAAGAGUGUGGUCUAGUGGUUAUAGCAAGCGCCUGGUAGUCAGCGCCUGAGUUCUAUUCCUGGCUUAGGUGGUGGGGCUUGGGAGCGUGGCUUAUUAGAGGAGAGGAUUAGGAUGUUGUGAUCAUGAGUGUCUGUAGGAUUGGGACCCAAGCACUAGGCAGUAAAAGAACCCAGGAGUCCUGACACCUACUCCCCUGCUCUAACCACUAGACUCCCUGCUAGAAUCCUCAGAAUUGCUGGCUCUGGGAAGGGAGUAGGUGUCAGGACUCCUGGGUUCUUUCCCUCUCUCUACCAUAUACAUGGGUCCCCAUCCUGCAAACACUCCCGCAUGCACGAUGCCUGAACUCGAUUGAAACUGAUGUGGGAGCUCGAGCUGGCCAAAACAAACAGACACGUCCUUCGAGAAGAAACUUAAAGAUAUAUUUUUAUUUCAGAAAGCUGUGAG